AUGAGCGGCUCCUUCGAUCGGAAGCUGAGCAGCAUCCUCACGGACAUCUCCAGCUCCCUCAGCUGUCAUGUCGCGUCCAAGGACUCGCCCACGCUGCCCGAGUCCUCCGUCACGGACUUGGGCUACUACAGCGGUCCCCAGCACGACUACUACGCAGCGCAGCCCUAUAGCCAGCCCGUGAACCCGUACGCUUACCACCACCAGUUCAAUCUCAAUAGCCUUGGGGGCGCGGGCGCCUACUCGCCCAAGUCGGAGUAUACGUAUGGCGCCUCCUACCGGCAGUACGGAGCUUACCGGGACCAGCCCGUGCCCACCCAGGACCCAGUGUCCGUGAAGGAAGAGCCGGAGCCCGAGGUCCGCAUGGUGAAUGGGAAACCCAAGAAAGUUCGCAAACCGAGAACGAUUUAUUCCAGCUACCAGCUAGCUGCUCUGCAGCGCCGCUUCCAAAAGGCCCAGUACUUGGCACUGCCCGAGAGGGCCGAGCUGGCAGCUCAGUUGGGCCUGACACAGACCCAGGUGAAGAUCUGGUUCCAGAACCGUCGGUCCAAGUUCAAGAAGCUGUACAAGAACGGAGAGGUCCCGGUGACCCUGGAGCUGAGCCCCAACAACAGCGACUCCAUGGCUUGCAACUCCCCGCCCUCUCCGGCCGUUUGGGACGCGGGCUCGCACGGCCACCAAGGAGGUCGCCACCCGCUCCCGCAGCCGCUCCCUUACAGCGCCUCGCCCAACUACCUGGAAGACUCGGGCCCCUGGUAUCACCACCACCAGAACCUCAGCGCCCCUCACUUGCAGGCGACGGCCCAGCAGCCGGGCAACCUGCACCACGCCUCCCCUGGCCCGCCGCCCACCCCGGGGGCGGUGUACUGA